UCAAUUUCACAUCUUUAAAGUUAAAUCUAGUCUAGAUAUAGAUCUACUUGUUUUUAACAAAAAAAUGCAACCCAUUAAUCCAUUAUUUUAACAUUAUGAAUCGAUUUUGCUUUACAUCUAAAAUAUCAAAGUUUCUAAAUUUUAGGCGUAUUGAUUUUCUCAUUACAAUAGGUUUGGUUACUGAAAUAAUUUGUUAGCGUUGGAUUUUAAGACUCAUAAUGGAGGACUUUCCAUUGGAUUCCAUAAAUGAAGGGGCAUCCCUUUAUGUGUUCACUACACAUAUUACAUCCCAAGAGCUGUUUUUUGUUCAUGUUGAAGACCAGGUGGAAAUACUAGAUGAGAUCAUGGAGAAGCUUGCGGAAAGGUAUACAGGCUUAGGUCCUUGUGAUAAACCCUUGUUGAACAAAAGACCUGGGACAUUGUGUGCAGCCAAAUUUACAGAUGAUGAUAACUGGUACAGGGCUAAAAUUACAGAUGUGGUUAGAAACGGUCUGAUCGAAGUGCAAUUUGUUGAUUAUGGCAAUACAGACUAUGUUAGUGAGGACCGAGUCAAGUCAUUAGACUCCGAUCUUGUCUUGUAUCCAGUGCAAAGCUACAGGUGUGCACUGGCUGAUGUAUCAUGUGCCCAGGGAUUUUGGUCUCCAGAACUCAUGGUCCAGUUUGAAGACAGAGUUAUAGACAGAAGAUGUAAAGCCAUUUUCAGAUGUAAAAGGGAUCAUGAUGAGGUUUAUCUUGUGGAAAUGUUUGAUGAAGAGGGAAAUAGUAUAAAUGAGCUGUUUGGGGCUGUGAAAACAUCUGUUCGUUCAGCUAGUGUAAGUACUCAGAGUUCUUCUGCUGACUCAAUCAAAGAGACUGUUUGGAGCCCAGGGGACACAAUUCAAGCAUCAGUUGUUUACUGUGAUAGUCCCAGCUUGUUUUGGUGCCAGGCUACAGCAUUUGCCAAUGAAAUACUUAUUUUAUCUGAGGAGUUAUCCCGCCUUCAUAUGACACAGGGUAUCAAACCAUUGAAACAAGUCACACCAGGGACUGUUUGUGCAGCUAAAUUCAGUGAAGAUGAAGCCUGGUACAGGGGAGUUGUACAGAGUGUGUCCAGUAAUGCAGCCAAAGUCUAUUUCCUGGAUUAUGGUAACACAGAGUCUGUCAGUUUAGAAUUUGUUUGUAAUCUCAAGCCAGAGAUGAGGAAAUUGCCUGCACUAGCUGUGCAAUGUUGUUUAGAUAGAGCACACCCAAGAGGUAGUUCAUGGCACCCUGGGGUGAUUGAAAAAUUUGAUGAACUUGUUGCUGAUAAAGAAUUUGAUGUUAAGGUAGUGAGUAGAAAUGGUAAAAUAUGCAGUGUUACCUUAUUGGAUAUUGUGGAAAAUAAGGAUAUUUUAAGUCUGUUGCAACCCUUUGUUGAUAAAUACAAUGCAAAAUCUGUGACACCAAGCAAAGAAGUUAAAAAAUCGACCUUAAGUUCUUAUGUCACUUCAGAGACCGGCCCAACCUUGCCUGUUGGAAGCAAGGUCCCUGUGUUUCUGUCUUGGGUUGAAAGCCCUGGUGACUUCUGGGUUCAGUGUGAAGAUUCUCAAGUCCUUCUCGAGAAUCUUUCAGCUGAACUUCAAAGCUUCUACAGCCAGCCACAGCCAAUUGCCACACCCUCACCGGGGGCAUUUGUUGUUGCCAGAUCUUGUGAAGACCAGGUGUGGUAUCGGGGUCUGGUUAUUAGAGACCUGGAAGAUGGCAAUGUUAAAGUGUUGUACAUUGAUUAUGGCAAUUCUGAAACACUUGCUAAAGAAGAGUUAAGACAGGUUUCUGGAGUUUUUGGAGAAAUUGUGCCUCUUGCUUCUCUUUGCAGCUUAGUAGGGGUAAAACCACUGCGCAGAGGGGAUAGGUCAUGGAGCGGCGACGCAAAAGAUUUUCUCGAGAACCUAACAAUAGAUGGUUGCAUGUGUGAGGUGCUCGAUGCUACAGACUCCCACAGACUAGUCAGGCUGUCUAGUGGAGGUAAAGAUGUGGCUAGAGAACUGGUGGGUUUGAAUGUCGUGGCUGACUCCUCGCUCACCUCCAGCACACACGCACCAGCAAAAUACACCAAGAAAAUACACCUAACAAAGUCCCAAAGAGAGACUGUCACAGUCACUUUUGUUGAAUCUCCACACAGCUUCUGGUGCCAGCUGGAGAAAAACCGUGCUAUGCUGAGUGAACUUAUGGACAAAUUAAACCUACACUAUUCUGAAAAUGGUGGCACACCAUUACGAGAGCCAGCUGUAGGCCAAGCCUGCAUUGCACAGUAUAGUGAAGAUAAUGGUUGGUAUAGGGCAGCCAUCCAGAAAGUGAACUCAUCAUCUUGUGAAGUUUUCUUUGUUGACUACGGAAAUAAGGAGAGUGUAACUUUUGGUGUACUUUGUCAGCCUGAGCCACGAUUUCUAGACUUGCCCAUACAAGCAGUCCACUGUAGCCUGCCUGUGGGAGGGAACAUAUCAAACUUAUCAGAUGCCUUGUCUGAUUUGGCACAAGAGAAGGAAUUUGAAAUGGUGGCUUUAGAAGUAGCUAGUAAUCCAGUGGUAGUGGAUUUGUAUGAUGGGCCAGUUAAAGUUACAGAUUAUUUAAAGUCAUUAACCACUAAAAUCUCUCCAGUGAAGCAACCAUCUCAGUCCACAAGCCUGGCUCCAGCUAAAGCUGUUCCUCUUAACACCACUGUUAAAGCUUUCACCAGCAUGGUAGAAUCUCCCAGUAGCUUUUUCCUCCAAUUGUCAGGAGUGGAUGAAGCUUUAGGUGUGCUAAUGGACAAUAUCGCUGUUCAGUAUGUUUGUGAGAUCCCUCCUCCAAUCCUCUCUAACCCACAGCCUGGUCAGUCUUGUGUGGCUCUCUAUCCUGAAGAUGACAAUUGGUACAGAGCUAAAAUUUUAUCUAUCACAGGUAACAGCAGCCUUGUUUUGUUUGUGGAUUAUGGGAAUAAAGAAACAAUUGCAUUACAGAACAUCAGAGUCAUGACACCUGCCAUAGCUAGUGUUCCUGUUAUGGCGUAUGAGUGUUCACUGCAUGGGAUUGAAGCAGCAUCAUGGCCAGAUAAAGCCAUUGAAAUGUUUGAGUCUCUGGUCAUGGACGAGGAGCUGGAUUGUACUUUUGUGACAGCAACAUCAGUCAAGUUGGUGAGUAGAAGAAUGGAUGUUGUGUCUGAGCUGGUGAGAGCAGGGUAUGGCAAGGCUGCCGGAUCUGGUAAACCUGUAGCUCCUCGUGUCCCUGUUUCUGAAUGGGAAGAGGAAGAAGACGAGACCAACAGAAGCCCAACAAAGUUUCAGGAGGAAAGAGCAAGAGGUGGGGAAACAAGAAAUAGGAAUGAUCUUGGUGGUUUUGGUGAUGCUGACAGAAGACAAGGAUCGGGUAAAGAGUUCUCCAGUACUGGAGGCAGUAAAGACAGCUUCAGUGGAACAGGAAGCCAAGGCUGGAAGGAUAAAGACUCAGAAGGGGGCGGUAAAUUUGGUGGAAGAGAUAGAGGAUUUGGUGGCAGACCUGAAAGGGAUGGUGGAUCUGGUGGAAGAACUGAAAGUGGAUUUGGUGGCAGACCUGAAAGGGAUGGUGGAUCUGGUGGAAGAACUGAAAGUGGAUUUGGUGGCAGACCUGAAAGAGAUGGUGGAUAUGGUGGUAGAACUGAAAGUGGAUUUGGUGGUAGGCCUGAAAGAGAUAGUGGAUUUGGUGGCAGACCUGAAAGGGAUGGUGGAUCUGGUGGAAGGCCUGAAAGAGAUAGUGGAUUUGGUGGCAGACCUGAAAGGGAUGGUGGAUCUGGUGGUAGGCCUGAAAGAGAUAGUGGAUUUGGUGGCAGACCUGAAAGGGAUGGUGGAUCUGGUGGUAGGCCUGAAAGUGGAUUUGGUGGCAGACCUGAAAGAGAUGGUGGAUUUGGUGGCAGAUCUGAAAGAGAUGGUGGAUCUGGUGGAAGAACUGAAAGUGGAUUUGGUGGCAGACCUGAAAGAGAUGGUGGAUCUGGUGGAAGAACUGAAAGUGGAUUUGGUGGCAGACCUGAAAGAGAUGGUGGAUCUAGUGGGAGAACUGAAAGUGGAUUUGGUGGUAGGCCUGAAAGAGAUAGUGGAUUUGGUGGCAAAGGCGGAAGAGAUGGAGGAUUUGGUGGCAGAGCUGAAAGAGAAAGUGGGUUUGGUGGCAGACCUGAAAGAGAUGGUAGAACGGAAAGUGGAUUUGGUGGCAGAAAUGAAAGAGAUGGUGGUUUCGGUGGUAGAGAUAGAAAGCCUGAAGCAGGUUCAAGUAUCAGUGCAGAGUUUACUUACCCUGAUCUGCCUUCUGCCCCUGAAAAAGCAUUAUUAAUACAGAUGGAUGAUGAUGGCACUUUCUAUAUUCAACUACUUUCUAAAGAGAAGGAUAUAUUUUUUCUUACCAAAAAGUUGGCGAGCAGUUAUAAAAAUGGUGGACCUAGACUCAGGGAAACACCUGAAAAAGGAGUAGCAUGCUGUGCUAAGUAUGAAGACGGCAAUAUGUGUAGGUGUUUAAUAGAGGAAGUGAAAGGAAACAAUGCUGUUUUGCGUUUUGUUGAUUAUGGUAACAUUGGAGAAUAUUCUGUACGAGAUCUAAAAAUGAUAUUUCCAGAUAUUCUUGAAUUCCCAGUUCAAGCUUUACCUUGCAAACUGCGUGGCUUGAGUUGGUCAUUAGAGAAAACAGAAAAGUUUGCCAGCCUGACACUUGAUAAAGAGCUGGUUGUAACAUUUUGUAGCUCGUCUCGUCCAUAUGAGGUUGACAUUCAAACACCUGAUGGGGAUUUGCUUGCUAUUUUGUCUGGGAAAAGUGCUUCACCUGCCCCACAGCUCUCACCUCCGCGCACAAGUGUUAAAGUAGAGAAAUUCUCACCCAAACCAAGUCCAUUUAGUAGCCCGGCUAAAUCACUGCAAUCUGAUCAGGGCAGCGCUAGAUCUGUUACAAUAGAACAAAAACCAUCUCCACAAAAACCACCUACACCAACUGUUGCCAUUCCUAAACAAGAAUUUGUUACUCAAACCAUUCCAGUAGGAAGUGUGGUAGCAUUCAUCUCCCAUGUUGGUGAAACAGGAUACUUUUAUCUGCAACUAGAGAAAGAUACAGAGUUGCUUGAGGACAUCACCAGCAAGCUUGAGGCAAUGUCAUCAAGUUUGGUCCACCCAAAUGUUCAGGUUGGUGCAGCCUGUGCUGCUGUGUUCUCUGAAGACUCUGCUCUGUACCGUGCACAAAUUACUAGCUGUGAUGGAAAGAAUGUUAGAGUUACUUUUGUUGACUUUGGAAAUGGAGACACAGUGGCCCUCUCACAUAUACAGCCUUUGACCAAAGAACUACUUGCCUGUGCACCUUUAGCCUAUCAGUGCCAGUUUCCUGAUUUGGGUCCACUCUCGCCUGAGUUACAAGCCAAACUGACUGAAUUUAUAGAUCUGUCCCUGACAGUAAACAUCAGUGGUACCGUACCACCCUACAGUGUGAAUGUUAUGACCAGUGAUGGGCUGGAUCUGCAAGAGAUCCUCUCUCCCUCAACCAGUUACAAAUCUCAGGUUGUUCCCACUGAAGUCAUACCUGCAGGUGUCUCUGUCAUUGCUGAUGACGGCAGAUUUUUCAUUCAACUUUACAGAGACUAUUCAGCUAUAGCAGAGAUAUGUAAAACACUGUCGUCUGUUUAUAGUAACAAAGACUUGGGAAAAUUGAACUCAGAUGAACAUGAUGUUCCAUGUCUAGUUUACCUUUCUGAUGAAGCAGCGUGCUAUAGGUCUAAGAUAAUAGAAGUUGGUGGAGAAACCGUAACUGUCACUUUGGUUGAUACAGGUAAAACAGUUUCAGUAGCUAAAGAUUCUCUUCUAUCACUUCCAGUGGAGUUCCUAAAAAAUCCACCUUUUGCCUAUGAGUGCCGUUUGAAUGGUGUAGAUAGCUGGUCAUCUAGUCUCAGGGAGAAAUUCACAGAUAUGACUGAAGGAAAAAUUCUCAAUGCAACUUUCUUUACCAAGACUCCACCGUACAGGGUAUCUCUGGCCAGAAGUAUUGAGCUGGACCUGCUAGAUCUGUCUGCUCCAGUCCCAGAUGCCCCUGUAAAGUCCUCUUCCAGAAUUGACUCAGAGCAAGAAGCAUUGCCGACAUCUGAAGUAAUUGAUACAACUGUUAAUAAUUUAACUUCGGAAGUUAAGUCCCUCUCUCUUCAAGACAACACAAACAACAAUGAGGCUUCACGUGUCAAACAGCAUAGCACUGGGCUUUCAGACAUAGAUGGUCAGAGAUUGGCAGUCUCUGUAUCAUUUGUGUGCAGUCCAGACCUGUUUUAUUUACAUCUAGAGAGAGAAAAGCCUAACCUAGACACAUUGAUGGAUGAGAUGUAUGAACACUACAGCACUGCAGAAGAAGAACUUUUGGAAAGCCCAGCUGUUGGAGAUGUUUGUGCUGCCCUUUAUGAAGAUGAGUCUUGGUACAGAGUAAUGAUUAAAAGUAUCAGUGAUAAUGGUACCUGCCAGAUUUUCUACAUCGAUCAUGGAAACACAGAAGAAGCAGAAGUGACAUCUUUGCAAAAAUUGGCAAAAAAAUUCAAAUCUGUGAAAAACACUCUGAUCACAGCUAGGCUAGGUGGAGUAGUUCCUAAAGGAGAAAGUUGGUCUGAUGAAGACAUUGACACUUUUAGAGAGCUGGUGGAGGAAAAGCCUCUAAUAGCUGACUUUCUGGAGGUAAAUAAAGAUGAAUUGUGUUGUACAGUGCACCUAUUAUAUAUGGGCAUUCCCAUUCAUGAGGAGCUGAUCAAGAAAGAUUGUGCAACUCGUAGCAGUGAGGUGGUAGUCAGCAGUGCCAUCCAGCAUGUUUUCUCAGAUGCAGAUAGUACCAUCCUCCAAAAGUCAGAUGAAUUCAAUUCUUUCCUGGAGAGCACCCAUUUGGAGGGUGAUGACAAAACAGCCAAACAAACAAUGAUGUCUUCCAGUGCACAUGCUAAUCACAAGAUUGGUUGUGUAUCCAAUAAUCUAGAAGAGCUGGGUGAGGUCAGUGUAUUUGUCAGCCAUAGUGAAAGCCCUUCACUCUUCUGGUGCCAGCUAGCCUCAUCUACAGAUACUUUAGAGGAGAUGGCAGCAUCACUGGAGUCUUCAUAUCGCUCUCCUCAAGCCGAAAAUGAAAUCAGUGGGCAGCUGAACCCUGGGGAUAUUGUAGUGGCCCGCUACUCAGAAGAUGAUCAGUUUUACAGAGCUAAAAUAUUACAGUGUGGUCAUAUAGGUGACUCAGCACAAUAUUCUGUAAGAUUUAUUGACUAUGGCAAUGAUAGUGAUGUUUCUGUGGACAGUGUCUUCAAGGUAAAGGAUGACUUGUGUAGAUGGCCAAUGCAGGCCUUUUGUUGUUGCCUAGACAAAGCUGCACCUAUCCAAGAAGAGUGGCUACCUGAAGUGAAUGAGAAAUUUUCAGAAAUGGUGGCAGAUCAGGAGCUGUUGCUGAAACUGGUGGGAAGAGAGGAGGGCAAAGUUCUGGUGGAUUUGGUUAUCCCAGAAACAGAGGAUUCCCUGACAGCUCUGCUUGUCUCCGGGGGUCUGGCUAAAACUUGUGAUACAGAGUCCAAUGACAAUGCUAAGGAAGCCACUAAUGUAAAGCAAUGUGCAGACACCACUGAUGUGGACUCUUUGGAGAUAACUCAGCCAAUUAUGGAAUCAACAGCCGUGGUGGGAGAAACCACUCAAAGCGAGCUGCAGAACUUUUCCAUUGAUGAAGCUGAAUAUGGCUGCUACAGGAAACUGCGCCUAAGCAUGCACACAGAGUAUGAUGUGAUAGUCAGCAACGAUGAGUUGCCCAACUCCUUCCAUGUCCAGCUGCAAGAACUGAAAUGCCAGUUUUCUUCCAUGAUGCUUGACCUAGCUGAGUUUAUGGAAUCCAAUAAUCCGUUGGAACCCCCACAAAUAAAAACUGGAGACCAAUGUUUGUUUCAACAUUCUGAUGUGUGGCAUCGAGGAGAGAUCAUUUCACAGGAAACAUCCUUAUGGAAUGUAAAAUCAGUGGACUGUGGCUGGGAGGCAACUGUGUCACCUGACAAAGUGGCAGAAUUACCUUCUAGGUAUCUUGACCUACCUGCACAAGCAGUGCCUUGUUAUUUAGCUGGCGUUGUUUCUGUUGAUUCUGAAUGGAGCUCUGAUGCCAUUACAUUUUUUAAAGACUGCAUCAUUGACAGAAAGCUGUGUAUGUAUGUGUUGGAGAAUGCUAAUGAUGGGAAAUAUGGUGUUUAUCUGAGUGAUUUAGACAAUACAGGCACUCAGUCCAUAAACAGAGCAAUGGUUGACCUAGAGUAUGCAGAUGUGGUUCCUGGCUCAAACAUUGAUGUCCAGAUGGAGAUGGAGAAAACUCUAGAUACUGACAUGCUCAAGGAUUUAGAGGAGUCAUUCAAUGAGGUUUCUAUACUGAAAUGCAAUGCACCGUUUGAUGAAGAAGCUGUGUCAGAAUUUGAGAAUCCUUUAGGGGACACCUAUGAAGAGAGUGAGAUCUAUAAAACCAUAACCAAACACAUGAGGAAGAAUCUUGAUGAGAACAUUUCCCUUUCUGCCAGUGCAGACACAACAAGGGAGGCUGAGACCCCAGGGCUGGCUGUGGCUAAUGCAUCUACCUUUAACCUUGCUUCAGCUGUGGAGAAAAUUGACCGGCUAGGGUGCAUGGAUGUGUAUAAUGAAGAAACACUGUCUGCUGUUAUUGAGGAACCUGAAGAUGAUGUGGAGUGUAGUGUGACUGAGCUGCCAGCUGCACAGAGCUGUGUUUCUAUCAAAGAUGUUGUAGAAUGUAGUAUCAAGAUACCUGAAGAUAAUAAAGAAUUUAGAGUUGAGGAACCUGACAAUGAUGAAUGUAGAGUUGAGGAACCUGAAGAUGAUGAAUGUACAGUUGAGGAACCUGAAGAUGAUGAAUGUACAGUUGAGGAACCUGAUGAUGAUGAAUGUAGAGUUGAGGAACCUGAAGAUGAUGAAUGUACAGUUGAGGAACCUGAUGAUGAUGAAUGUACAGUUGAGGAACCUGAAGAUGAUGAAUGUACAGUUGAAGAACCUGAAGACAAAGAAUAUAAUGUUAAGGAAACUAAAGAUUAUGUAGAAUGUAGUUUCAAGAUACCUAAAGAUGAUGAUGAAUGUAGAGUUGAGGAAACUAAAGAUUAUGUAGAAUGUAGUUUCAAGAUACCUAAAGAUGAUGAUGAAUGUAGAGUUGAGGAACCUAAAGAUGAUGAAUAUAAUGUUAAGGAAACUAAAGAUUAUGUAGAAUGUAGUUUCAAGAUACCUAAAGAUGAUGAUGAAUGUAGAGUUGAGGAAACUAAAGAUUAUGUAGAAUGUAGUUUCAAGAUACCUAAAGAUGAUGAUGAAUGUAGAGUUGAGGAACCUAAAGAUGAUGAAUAUAAUGUUAAGGAAACUAAAGAUUAUGUAGAAUGUAGUUUCAAGAUACCUGAAGAUGAUGAUGAAUAUAAUGUUGAGGAACCUGACGAUGAUGAAGAAUAUAAUGAUGAGGAACCUAAUAAUGAUGAAGAAUAUAAUGUUGUGGAACCUAACAAUGAUGAAUCAAGAGUUCAAGAAGCUGAAGAUGAUGAAGAAUUCAAUGCUGAGGAACCUGAAGAUGAUGAAGAAUUAAAUGUUGAGCAACCUAAUGAUGAUCAAGAAUGUAGAGUUGAAGAUGAUGAAGCUUAUAAUGUUAAGGAACCUGAAGAUGAUGAAGAAUGUACAGUCAAAGAAGCUGAAGAUGAUGAAGAAUUCAAUGCUGAGGAACCUGAAGAUGACGAAUAUAAUGUUGAGCAACCUAAUGAUGAUCAAGAAUGUAGAGUUGAAGAAGCUGAAGAUGAUGAAGCUUAUAAUGUUAAGGAACCUGAAGAUGAUGAAGAAUGUACAGUCAAAGAAGCUGAAGAUGAUGAAGAAUUCAAUGCUGAGGAACCUGAAGACAAAGAAUAUAUUGUUGAGGAAACUAAAGAUGAAGAAGAAUGUAGAGUUGAGGAACUUGAAGAUGAUGAAGAAUGUAGAGUUCAGGAACUUGAAGAUGAUGAAGAAUGUAGAGUUGAGGAACCUGAAGAUGAAGAAUAUAAUGUGGAAGAAACUAAAGAUGAUGAAGAAUGUAGAGUUGAAGAAGUUGAACAUUAUGAAGAAUGUAGGGUCAUGGAAACAAAGGUUGAUUUUGAAUGUAGAGUCAAGGAACCUGAAUAUUUAUAUUGUAGUGUUGAUGAACCAGAAAGCCAUGAAUCUAAAGAUAUAGAAAGUAGUUUUAAGGAACAUAAAGAUGAUAGAGAAUAUAGGAUGGAGGAACCUGAAGAUGAUAGAAAUUGUAUGGCUGAGGAACCUGAAAUUAUAGAUGGGGGGAUAGAGGAACCUGAAAAGGAUGAAUAUAAAAAUAUAAAGGAAACUAAGGAAGAUGUGGAAUGCAGGGUCAAAGAAUCUGUAAAGGAUGAAUGUGAGGUCAAGCAAGUAAAAAAUAAGCAAGGGAAGGUUGAGCCACCUAAAAAGGAUGUUGGAAAUGAAGUUAAAGAACCUGAAGAUGAUGGAAAAUGUAGGUUUAAAGAACCUGAAAUGGAUGAACCCAAAAAUAAAGAAUGUAGCACUGAGAAAAAUGUGAAAAUUAGGGUCAAGGACCUCAUAAAUGAUGAAUGUAAGAUUGGGUUACCAAAAGGUGGGCAAUGUAGGGCUGAGGAACCUAAAAAGGAUGAAGUUAAGGAUGCUAGAGAAUAUAAGGUCAAUGAAAUAAAAAAGUCUGAACCUAAAGAUAUAAAAUGUAGGGUUGAAGAACCUGAAGAUGAGACAAAUUAUAGGGUAGGGGAACUCAGAAAAACAAUAAGUACUAUUUUGGAACCUGAAAUUCAUGAAGAAUGUAGAGUCGAGGACCCUGAAGAUGAUAAAGUAAGUAGGAUCAAUGAACCUGAAGCUGAUGAAGAAGGUUGGGUCAAGGAACAUAAGGAUGAUGGAGAAAGUACGAUCAAUGAGCCGGAAGUUAAUGUAGAAUGGAGUGUCAAGGAACCUGAAGAUAUAAAAGGAAUUGUUGAGGAACCUAAAAAACAUGAAGAAUAUAAAGUCAAGCAGUGUAGGGUGGAGGAAACUAAAAAGGACAAAGAAAGUGGGAUUAAGGAACCUGAAGUUGAGAUAGAAUGUAGGGUAGACGAACUUAAAAAUAUUAAAGGUACUGUUGAGGAACCUGAACCUCUUGAAGAUAUUAGAGUCGAGGACCCUAAAUAUGAUGGAGAAUAUAGGAUCAAGGAACCUAAAGAUAUAAAAGGUACUGUUGAGGAACCUGAACCUCUUGAAGAUAUUAGAGUCGAGGACCCUAAAUAUGAUGGAGAAUAUAGGAUCAAGGAACCUAAAGAUAUAAAAGGAACUGUUGAGGAACCUGAAAAGCAGGAAGAAAGUGAAGUCAAGCAGUGUAGGGUGGAGGAAACUAAAAAGGCUGAAUGUGAGGAGGAGGAACCUGAAUUGAAAAAAGGUGAACCCAUAAAGAUAGAAUGUAGGGUCAAGGAAGCUAAAGAUAUAGAAGCUACUGUUAAAAAACCUGAAAAGCCUGUACAAUGUAAAGUUGAGUCAUGUAGGGUCAAGGAAGCUAAAGAUAUAGAAGCUACUGUUAAAAAACCUGAAAAGCCUGUACAAUGUAAAGUUGAGUCAUGUAGGGUCAAGGAAGCUAAAGAUAUAGAAGCUACUGUUAAAAAACCUGAAAAGCCUGUACAAUGUAAAGUUGAGUCGUGUAGGGUCAAGGAAGCUAAAGAUAUAGAAGCUACUGUUAAAAAACCUGAAAAGCCUGUACAAUGUAAGGUUGAGUCGUGUAAGGUCAAGGAAGCUAAAGAUAUAGAAGCUACUGUUAAAAAACCUGAAAAGCCUGUACAAUGUAAAGUUGAGUCGUGUAGGGUCAAGGAAGCUAAAGAUAUAGAAGCUACUGUAAAAAAACCUGAAAAGCCUGUACAAUGUAAAGUUGAGUCAUGUAGGGUCAAGGAACCUGAAGAAGAUGGAGUAUUUAAUGUGGAGGAAAAUGUUGGGGAAUAUAUGGUCAAGGAAAUUAAAGACGAUGAAGAAUUCCAGGUUAAAGAACCUGAAGAAAGUAAGUUUGAACAACCUAAGGGUGGGCAAUGUAGUGUUGAGGUACCUACAGAGGAUGAAUGUGGGGUCAAGGAAUGUGAACAGGAACAUCAUAAAGAUAUUGAAUCUAGUGGCGGGCAGGCUAAAGCUGAUGAAUGUUGGGUUGAGGAACCUAAAUAUUUAAAGGGUAUUGUUGAGGAAUCUGCAAGGCAUGAAGAUAGCAAGUUAAAGGAAUCUGAAGACAAUAGAGAAAGUAUUGGUAAUGAACCUGAAAAAGAUGAAUGUAAAAUGAAGCAACCCAAAGGAGGGCAAUGUAGUGUCAAAAAACCUACAGGUGUCAGAACAUAUAGGGUCAAGGAACUCAAAAAGCAAGAACCCAGAAAUAUAGAAUGUGGUGUUGAAGAAAAAGGUAGUGUUGGGGAACCUGAAAAGCAUAAAGAAUGUAUAGUAAAGGAGACUGAAGAUGAUCGAGAAAGUUUAGAUGAGAAACAAGAAAAGGAUGAAGAACAUAAAGUCAAGCAACCUAAUGCUGAGUUUUGGGCUGAAGAACCUGAAAAUGUAGAAGAAUGUAGGGUGGAGGAACCUAAAGAAGAUCUAGAUUGUAAGGUUAAAGAACAUGAAAAGCUUGAGAAACAUGAAGAUGUAAAAUGUAAGUUUGACAAAUCUAAAAAAGAUGGGGAAUUUAGGGUCAGUAAACCUAAAGCCAUAAAAGGUAGGAUUGUGGAGCCAGUUAAGUAUGAAGAAUGUAGAGUCAGGGAACCAGAAGAAAAUGUAGAAUUUAAGGUAAACAAACCUAAAGAUGAAGGAAGAUUGGGAGUAAGCAAGUCUAAAGAUGAAAGAGAAUGUAAAGUGAAUAAUCCUAAAGAGGAAGGAGAAUGUAGAGUGAGCAACCCUAAAAAUGAAAGAGAUAGUGGGGCCAAAGCACCUGAAGAUGUUGGAGAAUGUAAUGUGUUGGAGGUGCCAAACUUACAGGUUUCCAUAGAGGCAAAGAAUGUAAACAAUGAGCCUCUGGCUGAGGAGGAACCUUUGGGUCCAGGAGAUGGACAAAGUGUGUCAAUUUCAGUUUCAGCAGUAAUUGACACAACUGAACAAACGCAGGUUAAAUCACUGACAGGUUUUGGUAGCAUCAACACAGCAGCAGACAAAACUUCUGCCACCUGUGAUGGACAUAAAACAGUUCAAUGUUGCCAGAUCAUUUGUCCAGGAAUCAAGUCUGAUGGUGGGGUGCCCAAAUAUCUUUUUGAUGACUCUUUUGUAGUCAAGCUGAGAACUCACUGCCAGGAAGUAAUACAAGGGUUGACAGAAGUGAACAACAAAAUCCUACUCACAUCCAAAUCUCUGCAGGUGUUGGGCAUUGUUGAACUGUCAGGUCUAGACCUGACUGACUUGGUCAGGGAGCUGGAGGAUCUGAACCUGGAUGUUGAGCUGGCCACACAAGAGUGUGUUGUCACUUUGGAUGAGCUCACUCAUGCAGUUGGUCAAAUAAAAACUUGCCUGUCCAGAGAUAAAGGAAAGAAAGUUAGCCAUGAUUGUCAGGUGACAGCAGAUGAUGACCAGCGAGUUUUACUGAGUCCAGAAGUGAGACAUGUCUCACACAGUGCAUCACAGCCUAAUGACUGUCUCCCAUCUGGCAUUGAAGAAAACCAAGGUGGGGAUACUGCUGUUGUAAAAAGAUGUACAGGUAUGCGUUACGGGUAUGACACUGGCAAUGUCGCCCCAACUGAACCUUGUGAUUUUUGCUCUGAUCAGUGUGCCAGGAGUUUGGAACCAGCAGAUGUCUCAUAUAUGGGCUUACUGCCACUGACAGCUGAUAGAUUUUUGUCAUCAGCUGUAGAGGAAACUGCAGAGAAAUAUCCAUCUAAAGCUGAUUGGGAAGGUCCCACAGUGGAUGGGUAUGAGAGCUGUAUUGAACCAAGCAGCCAAGAUGAUGAUGAGGAUGAUGCCAGUUGCUAUGAUACAUCCAGUCUUGUCUUCACUGACUCCUUUGCUGGUUCUUCUCUGUGCAUCACCAGCUGCAAUACCACAGGGUUAGACUCAUCAUACUUUGGCGCAGAUUUUGACUCAUCGUACCUGGAAGAUGUUGACUCGUCAUGUUUUGGUGCAGGUUUUGACUCAUCAUGCUUGGAUGAGAACUCUGAAAUUUCUCCCUGGAUGGUCACCACUGACCUGGAUAGUUCAGAGCUGGACGGUACAGAGAUUGACACAUCAAUGCUGUCUACAGACAUAUCACUAUAUGGAACACCUGCAGCAGAAACAUCCAUGCAAGCCACAACAGAUGCAGAAACAUCAACACAAGCAACAACAGAGGCAGAAACAUCAACCCAGCAAACAACAGAGGCAGAAACAUCAACCCAGCAAACAACAGAGGCAGAAACAUCAACCCAGCAAACAACAGAGGCAGAAACAUCAACCCAGCAAACAACAGAGGCAGAAACAUCAACCCAGCAAACAACAGAGGCAGAAACAUCAACCCAGCAAACAACAGAGGCAGAAACAUCAACCCAGCAAACAACAGAGGCAGAAACAUCAACCCAGCAAACAACAGAGGCAGAAACAUCAACCCAGCAAACAACAGAGGCAGAAACAUCAACCCAGCAAACAACAGAGGCAGAAACAUCAACCCAGCAAACAACAGAGGCAGAAACAUCAACCCAGCAAACAACAGAGGCAGAAACAUCAACCCAGCAAACAACAGAGGCAGAAACAUCAACCCAGCAAACAACAGAGGCAGAAACAUCAACCCAGCAAACAACAGAGGCAGAAACAUCAACCCAGCAAACAACAGAGGCAGAAACAUCAACCCAGCAAACAACAGAGGCAGAAACAUCAACCCAAGCAACAACAGAGGCAGAAACAUCAACCCAGCAAACAACAGAGGCAGAAACAUCAACCCAAGGAGUAACUGAACCAGAAGAACCACAUGCUAUGCGUAGUUCUAGGCCAGCUACCCCACAAGUUGUAGAUGAAGCAGGGCAUAGAACUGGUGGAAAUACUGAGAGCUUGCCUCAAGUAUCUGCUGAUGAUGACUCAUCCUCCUCCUACACCACCUCUUCAGCUACAUUCAAUGUGACCACAUCCAACACAUCUCUCGACUCAAUUGCCAAUGGCCACUUGAACAACAGCCUGACCACUAAACCCAGCAAUGGUGUCUCCCACUCCAGCACUAGUCCAGACGAUUCUGUAUCCAGCCUUGACCCUUAUGAUCUGUCAGGUGCUAAUGCCAUCCACAGCCUGUAUGAUGCUGAUAUUUCUUCUCAUGUUGAUGAGACAUACAUGCCAGCUGACCAGCCACACUCUGACAGCUCUGAACUGUCUGACAUGUCUGACUUGUGGCCAGCUGAUGAUCUGAACACCAAGCCUACAGUAGAUGGGCCCCUUCUUGACCCACGACCUCUUGAAUCUUACAGCACUGAUGGCACUAGGGGUCAACCAAUGCUGUGUUCUACUAUGCCAAAGAAUGAAGGUGAUGCUGUGGAUUCUGAUCCCCCUUCUUUCCAUGAAGACACUACUGAGUGUACACAAGAGCCAGCAGUUGACACCUCUCCACCUAAGAUGGUAGAUGAGGCUGGUGAUGCCACAGAAGUUGUUGAUUUUUACAAACUUGAUUUUGGAAUUGAUGAUGAUGGACAAAGUGAAGAAACAGAAAGCCCAAAGACGGAUAUCCCUGAAGUUGAGUGCCCUGCUGUUGAGAGCCUUAAGACAGAUGACUUAACGACAGAGGGGCCCAUGACAGAAGGACCUCAGAUAGUGAGCCCUGAAGCAGAGGGCCCAGUGUUAGCUUGAUUCCUCUGUUGAUCUGAGCAUCACAUUGCAAGGCAUGUCUGUGUUAGCCAGCUUUGGCUUGUGACUAGAACAAACCUGACCUGUAAAUAACUUCUUAUUGUAUAAGCUGUUUACCUUCCUCUAUUGUUUCACUGAGAUUGAGUGAGAUGUCACGUGUUCACUGAUCUAUACAGCUUAAUGGUGUUGUGUGUGCUUUCUGUUCAUUAUGUGAGCAUGAUGUCCUACACCAAACUAUUUAAUGCAAAUCACAGCAUCCAGAUGUUGUAUGGAAAGUCAGGUCUUUAUUGCCUUGUCUUGACAAUCUAAUUGAGUUUGUCUUGUACAGCUUUUUUGUCUGCCCUAUGGUAAACUAGUCUAAAUCUUUAGAGUGCCUUAUAUACAAUUAAAAUCAAAAUUUAAAAAUCCGUUGCCUCUUAUCCUGUGAGAUUUUACUUUAAAAAAACAACUACUAAUUAAUACCCCAGCAAUAAGAUUUAUUUGCUUGAAAGUCGUGUAUAUAAAAUUAUGUAAAUUUUUUUCUUAAACGUUUUAAAGAACUUAACUACUUUCAUCUUUAGUUUGUCUUGGUUUUAAAUUGAUGUUCAGCUAUUUGAUGACAGUAUUAAUAUUAUAGAGGUGUAACAUUGUUGUACCAAGAUGAUGUACAUUAUACAAUGGGCUAAUUAAUACUUUUUAUAAUGUUGACUACAUUUGUAGUGAGACCGUUUGCUGUUUGCUUCUGUAAUCAAAAGUUGUACAAUAUGUUUGUUAAAUUUGUUAUGCUUUUCAGAUAUUUGGGAAAUAAUAAAUUUAAUGUUUUCAUGGUU